AUGUCUCAAUCUUUCCACGUCACUUCUUCCUCCACGGGCAGUAGUCCCUUAAAACCAAGUAAUUGUGGCUCCGACCUGGUUGCGCCUUUCCAAGCGACAACUCUGGACGAGUUGACAGCGAAAGGACCAAACGCAGCGAGGUCGGAGUGCAAGAAGGUGAUUGUGGUCGGGGCGGGCAUUUCAGGUCUGCGUGCCGCCGCCGUGCUGCACCGCCACGGCUGUGAAGUGGUGGUGCUGGAGGCCCGGGAUCGUAUUGGCGGAAGAAUUCACACCAGCAGAAAAGGGGAUCAUGUCCGAGAUAUCGGUGCCGCCUGGAUGCAUGAGACUUCCCAAAAUGGGUUGGUGAAGCUUAUCCCCCAGCUGGCGAUCCCAUACUAUUAUGACGAUGGCCUUCCUUUGUAUUUCACCAGAGAGGGCCGAGCGGGAUCUCAGUUCAAAGCGAAGAAAGUCGCAGACGAGUUUGCCGACUAUUGCGAGUGGUUUUAUGAAACCAACCCUGAUGCAAAGGAUCGACCGGUCCAUGAAUUUGCAACCGAGUUCGUGCUUCAACAUCAGUUGAUCACCAAGGACGAGCGAGACUGGGCUCCCCAGGCCGUCCGCGAGGUAGAAUUGUGGAUCGGUACGAGUACGGACCAAGCCUCGUCCAAACAUUUGUCUUACUUCAUCACUGAACGGAACUUGUACAUGAAGGGUGGAUAUGAUCGGAUCGUCAACUGGACUGCGGAGCCCCUCCGCGGUGAUCCCAGCAUCAUCCGAUUGAGCCACCUAGUAGAGGAUGUGAAGUGGAGCGAAGAUGGGACCGAGCAAGCUCGUGUCCAAUACAAGGACGCCGAUGGAAACGUCGGCUUCGUCGAGGGAGAUGCAGUGGUUAUGACCAGCCCGUUGGGAGUCUAUCACCACAACCUCAUCUCAUUCAAUCCGCCCUUGCCGAGUGACAUCCAAGAGGGCAUGGCCAGAUUCAGCUACGGCGCCCUGGGCAAAGUAUUCUUCGAGUUUGCCGAGGUCUUCUGGUCAAAAGACAACGACCAAUUUGUCUUCUAUCCGUCUCCAGAGGAGUCGGACAGUUCAUCCGGAUCAUCCGUGAAUUCCAAUACCAGCAUGAAUUCCAUCGUGGAAAAAGACAAUAUUCUCAACUACGCUACUGUCACGAUCAACCUUUGGAUUAUGACCGGGGGCAAGGAGUUGUGUGUACAAAUUGCAGAGCCUCUGACUCAACGCAUCGAGACCAUGGAAGACCCUAAAGAGCUAUACGCAUUUUUCGAACCGCUUUUCAAACUUUAUCGCACGGAGCCCUACAAGGCUCUCCCCCGCCUGAUCAAUGUUGAAACUACACAUUGGACCCAGGACCCGUUGGCUGGAUAUGGCAGUUACUCGGCUGACAAGGUAGGAGAUGACCCAGAGCUGUUGUACGGUGCCUUGGAAAACCACAAGGGGAGCCGGCUGCAAUUUGCUGGUGAGCAUUGCACUCUCGUUGCUAAUGGCUGCGUGCAUGGCGCGUUCAAGACGGGUGAAACCGCUGCUACAAACCUGCUCGACAGCUUUGGCAUUCCAUUCGAUGGUGAGAAUGACAUCGGAUCGAAGUGA